ACAGGAACAGGAAAUACAGAGGAGGCGUCAACUAACCUACAAAAUUUACAAGAGUAAUUUCCCAUGGUCCAUAGAAACAAGCAAUGGCGCUUGUGACGCGCUUACAGGCGUCCCAGAAGCAAGAAACUACGAAUGAUAUCACAAGAAAUUUACUAUCCUUACAAUUUGAAAGUGCUCUUACGGACGAAGAAAGAGAGUUCUUGGACUUACGAGCACGAAACCAUGCCAUCUCUGUUACACAAUGUGCUCUUGUCACCGUCAUGGUGGACAUUUUCAAGAAAGCCAGGGAAAUGAAGAUGAACAUUGUGAACCCAGACAAGAAAAGAACAACCCAAAUACUGCAGGAUGAAGGGGAACGAGACUCCCUCAUUGUGGGUAUCAUUGGCUGUGGGAGACUGGGCAGUCAAAUUGCCCACUGUUUGCUGACCUAUGGGCAGAUUCAUCCAAAGAAAUUGCAAAUUUCUACACGCCGGCCUGAGACUCUCGAAUACCUUCAACACAAAGGAGUGGAGUGUUACUACAAUAAUGAACGCCUCAUAUCUUCUGUUCACGUGGCAAUAUUCUGCGUCCUGCCCUCACAAAUGCAAGGAGUGGCUGAAGACAUCAAGGAUUAUGUUUCUUCAUCUUUGAUCAUGAUCUGUCCAUUCAGCAGUCUUUCUCUUCGAAGGUUGAGGCAAAUGCUUCGCAGUUCCAAUGUCAUUCGGCCUGUACUACACUGGGACAAAGGACCCCAAGACAGACAGUACAACCACAGCGUCAAUAUCAACACUGCCCUGGAAAAUAAAGAAACUUUGCUGGGAACCUGCCCUGUUGGUGUCGAUAAAUCAAAUCUGGUAGUGUGGUCAGAUGAAAGACUUUUUGACAUCAUCGUCCUUGCGGUGAUCAACAUGUGUGCAGAUCAAGGAAUCACUCAGGCCCAGACUCUCACUGUCAUUCACGCUGCUGUCUUCGGGGAGACUCACAAGAAGCCCCUUGCUUGUGAGCCCUUGACAGUGUCUUCCUUUGAUCUCCCAGAAGGAAAAGAAACAAGCAUGCCCUUCCCAUUCAGUGACUUGGUGGAUGCACAUGAAAGUGGCUCUCCUCUCAUGAAAAACAUUCGGAGCAACGAGGGCAUAGUGGAAGUGUUUGUGAAAAGAUAUUGUUUCCUCUUUGAGGAUUAUAUCCACAAAAGGGCCUAUGGACAGUUGUCCUGAAAAGUCCUUUUUCCUUAUCUUUUUUUAUGUUACUACUAUUUCUGCUGAGUUGAUGUGCCUCCCCCUCCCCUCCCCCAACUCCUGAAUAGUAAUUCUUAUAUGUACUGCUAUUAUGAGCAUGUGAUAGUGCACUGCAAAAACAACAACCAAGGUGACUUUUGCCUCUGAAGUAUCUGUCAGUCAGCUAAAUUUGGUCAUAUCAAAGCCUUAAUUAUUUUAAAACAGAGAGAAUGUGUGUGUGUGUGUGUGUGUGUGUGUGUG